AUGUCGAAGAUUACAGUCGCCGGAGUGCGCGAGAAUGUGCAGCAAUUGCUUGAGUACUCGCUCAACGAGAAGAAGCGUAACUUCCUCGAGACCGUCGAGCUCCAAAUUGGCCUGAAGAACUACGACCCCCAGCGUGACAAGCGUUUCUCUGGUACCAUCAAGCUGCCCAGCAUCCCCCGUCCCAACAUGGCUAUCUGCAUCAUUGGUGACCAGCACGAUCUCGACCGUGCCAAGCACCACGGUCUCGAUGCCAUGUCCACCGAUGACUUGAAGAAGCUGAACAAGAACAAGAAGCUCAUCAAGAAGCUUGCUCGCAAGUACGAUGCAUUCCUUGCCUCCGAGGCUCUCAUCAAGCAGAUUCCCCGUCUGUUGGGUCCCGGUCUUUCCAAGGCCGGAAAGUUCCCUACUCCCGUUUCCCACGCCGAGGACAUGCAGGCCAAGGUCAACGACGUCAAGUCCACCAUCAAGUUCCAGCUUAAGAAGGUUCUUUGCCUUGGUGUUGCCGUUGGCAACGUCGGUAUGGAGCAGGAGGAGCUCAUUGGUAACAUCAUGCUUGCCAUCAACUACCUCAUCUCCCUGCUCAAGAAGGGCUGGCAGAACGUUGGAAGUCUUGUCAUCAAGGCUUCCAUGUCUCCCCCCAAGCGCCUGUACUAG